UACAUAAACCAGUGAAAGGUGUAUUGAGAUUAGAAGUGGAAAAACUUCAUGGUGGCCACAAUGAUGUGGAUAACACUUUUGAAGGCAGAAGCAUGGCCAAUGAUUUGAAUGAUGCUGGUGACAUCAAUAAUAGCAGAAGCAACAUAAGUAGCUUUGAUGGGAUUCACAGUUUUGUGAAUUCUAUUGCCAUUGCCUAGAAAGAUGCUCAUCACAAUGGAAUCAUUUCUAAUGCUGAGAAUGGUGACAAUUUUGAAGCUUUUGACUUUCGGAUGCUGACCCGAAGUGAGCCGUUUUCACAACUUUUUCAUUGCCUCUAUGUGUACCCGUUGACUGUUAGCUUGAGCCGCAAAAGAAACCUGUUUGUUAGAGUGGAACUGAGAAAGGACGAUUCUGACAUCCGUAAGCCUCCAUUAGAGGCUGUUCAUCCUAGGGAGCAGAAUAUGAUGCUACAGAAGUGGGGCCAUACACAGAUUGCUGUUGGAACAAGAAUGGCUUCCUACCAUGAUGAAGUUAAAAUCAGCCUACCUGCUCUUUUGACACCCCAGCAUCAUCUUGUGUUCACAUUUUUCCAUGUAGAUCUUUAAAUGAAACUUGAAGCACCGAAACCAGUAUGCAUCAUGUUGCUUAUUAGUAUGGAUUAUGCUUAGUUGUUUAGUUUUACUACCAUGAUGAAGAUAAGGUAUGUAUUUUUUCCUUCAUACAAGAAAGAAAAGGAUAUUUGUAAAUCUGGCCUUAGUGUAACAUCCAUUUGGAGACUAGGAUGAGGUAAAUAGUGUAAAUCUGUUUGCUUGACAAAAUUUGGCUCCUGUCAUGGACUUCUCGUGCUGGCAGGUUCCACAUGUGCAGCAGGCCUUCACCUGGGACUGCGGUCUCGCUUGCGUGCUCAUGGUGCUCAGGACGCUAGGGAUUGAUUGUUGCGACGACAUUGCCGAUCUCGAGAGGCUCAGCCACACCAUGAGCAUUUGGACGAUUGACUUAGCAUAUCUGUUAAACAAGUUUUCAGUCAGCUUUUCUUUCUGUACCGUGACCCUUGGAGCAAAUCCACAAUAUUCUGUUGAAUCCUUUUAUAGGGAGCAAUUGCAAGAAGACAUCGAUCGAGUGGACGAGCUAUUUGGGAAGGCGCUUGAUGCUGGAAUUAGUAUUCAAUGCAGGUCCAUCACCGCAUACGACAUUGCUUUUCUACUGUUAUUCAGGCACUGCAUUGCUAUUGCUUUAGUGGACAAAUCGAAGCUAAAUUUGCCUUGCAUGAGUGAUUAUGAUGUACAACAGCACAACGAUGAGCCUGACUACAUGGGACACUAUGUCGUAAUAUGUGGGUAUGAUGCUGAUGAUUGUGAAUUUGAGAUAAGAUAUCCUGCCAGUGCCAGGAAACGCGAACGGGUGACAAUGAAGAGCUUGGACGAGGCCCGGAAAUCCUUUGGGACAGACGAGGACAUUCUCUUGGUCUCUCUAACAGGAAAGAGUGGGAUGAAGCUGUCGCGUAAGCUACUUGCCUGCUCCAUGUAGAUAAAUAAAUAGGUCACUAGCAACCUUGUGAAUACGUUGUACAUGUCCCUGUAGU